AUGGGCUUUCAUGUGUUCGAAGCGACAGUACCACCUCCGCCAUUACCGGAUAAUAAAGUGAGACGAGGAUAUUACACGCGUAGUGUACUCUGUGAAGCAGUGAAGCAGGUGAUGCUUGGAGCGAUGACGGUCACUCAAGCUUCUCGUCACUUUAAAAUUCCUCGUACGACUAUUCAGAAACAUUUCAGCAAGGCCCGUGAGCAGCAUAACCUCAAAGAACUCUAUAUUCGACGGAUGAAAGCCGCUGAAAAAGGUCUGAUCGGUCGGGUUCCUGAAAGCGAUCUCGAGCAGCGGCUGUCUGAACAUGGAACGGCAUGCCUUUUAUCAUACGGCGUGGAUGUCUGGCCAAGUAGUUCUGAGGGUACACCGGCAACGGUUCAUUGGCGACAACAACCUGUUAAAAUCGAUCUGUCGUCAUCGGGCUACUUUCCUCAGGACGCUAGCUCGUACUCCUAUGAGAACGAAAUAGUAGUGGCAGAGCAGUGCGAGGUGACUAGCGAUGACGUGAAAUAUUUCCGUUCUACGAGUCCUAUCCGUGCCACAGAAGAAGAGAGUGAGCCGUCAAACGCGGGCCUGCAAAGCUAUGCAACUGAGAUGGUCAAUAGACCGUCAACUCGCGUUGUAUUGAGACGUGAAGGCAGUGAAGAAGUAGUGAAGGUGGACAAAUUUCUUGACGAAUUAGAUGUUCCAUUGUCAGUGAUGCUAUUUGCUAUGGAACCCGUAGAUGGGAAAAGCGUCAUCUUCCACGAUAUUCCACAGGCAGUCGGAAUGAAGCUCUUCAGAUGA